AUGGCUGCAAAGAUGGCUGCCCCGACCCAGAUGCCUCCCAUACCUAAUAGGGAGGACAUUGGGGCGACAUGGACCUACCUCCAGGCAGGCAUUUCUCGCGUCAUGAACGAUCUCGAGCAAGCUCAUCUGCUUGGUGAGGAAUUGUACAACAAACUGAUUGAUUAUCUGAAACAGCACCUCGAGGGUCUCGUGAACCAGAGCAAAGCGCACACCGACGAGGCACUUCUCACAUUCUACAUCAAGGAAUGGGGUCGGUACACCGUUGCCGCCAAGUAUAUCCAUCAUCUUUUCCGCUAUCUGAACCGCCACUGGGUCAAGAGAGAGAUCGAUGAGGGCAAGAAGAACAUCUACGAUGUCUACACACUACACUUGGUACAAUGGAGAAGGGUGUUGUUCGAACAAGUCAGUUCCAAGGUUAUGGAUGCAGUCCUGAAGCUCGUUGAGAAGCAACGAAACGGCGAGACCAUUGAACAUGGUCAGAUCAAGCAGGUUGUGGAUUCCUUUGUGUCUCUAGGACUCGACGAGGCCGACCCCUCCAAGUCGACACUUGAUGUCUACCGCUUCCACUUUGAACGUCCUUUCCUCACCGCAACCAAGGAAUUCUACCUGGCCGAGUCGAAGCAGUUUGUGUCGGAAAACAGCAUUGUGGAGUACAUGAAGAAGGCAGAGACUCGCCUGGACGAAGAAGAGGAGCGCGUGCGUAUGUACCUGCAUCAGGACAUAGCAAUUCCUCUGAAGAAGACUUGCAAUCAAGCUCUGAUUGCCGAUCACUCGACACUACUCCGCGACGAAUUCCAAGUCCUCCUGGAUAACGACCGAGAGGAGGACAUGGCGAGAAUGUAUGGCCUACUCUCUCGAAUCCCCGACGGCCUGGACCCACUGCGCUCUAAGUUUGAGACGCACGUGAGGAAAGCUGGCCUGGCGGCUGUGCAAAAGAUUCAGUCUUCGGAGGGCGACAAGUUGGAACCCAAGGUCUAUGUCGAUGCUCUGCUGGAGAUCCACACACAGUACCAAGGGUUGGUCAAGAGAGCCUUCACCGAUGAGCCAGAGUUCACACGCUCCCUUGACAAUGCCUGCAGGGAGUUUGUGAACAGGAACGAAGUCUGCAAGGCCGGCUCCAACAAGUCACCUGAACUGCUCGCCAAGUACACGGACGUGCUACUUCGAAAGAGCAGCACUAGUAUUGAGGAGGCUGAGUUGGAGCGUACCUUGGGCCAGAUCAUGACCGUGUUCAAGUACAUUGAGGACAAGGAUGUCUUCCAAAAGUUCUACUCCCGAAUGCUUGCUCGCCGUCUCGUGCACAGCAACUCGUCUUCGGACGACGCUGAGACGAGCAUGAUCAGCAAGCUCAAGGAGGCCUGUGGUUUCGAGUACACCAACAAGCUCCAGCGCAUGUUCCAGGACAUGCAGAUUUCCAAGGACUUGAACAAGGAGUUUAGAGAUCAUCUCGAGGGGGUUGAGUACACCAAGUCGGUUGAUUCGGCCUUCUCCAUCCUAGGAACGGGCUUCUGGCCGUUGACUGCUCCUAGCACCGACUUUACACCGCCUCCUGAGAUUGCGGCUGAAAUCGAGCGCUUCAUCCGCUUCUACAAGCACAAGCAUGACGGUCGCAAGCUCACAUGGUUGUGGCACCUCUGCAAGGGCGAGAUUAAGGCUGGCUACUGCAAGGCCAGUAAGACACCCUACACGUUCCAGGUAUCGAUUUACCAGAUGGCCAUUCUCCUUCUCUUCAAUGAGAAGGAUAACUACAGCUAUGAGGACAUGCUCAGCGCAACUCAGCUCAGCAGCGAGGUGCUGGACCAGGCACUUGCUGUUAUCCUCAAGGCCAAGGUGCUCAUCAUGUCUGGCCCUACUGGUGAGAAGCCGAAGCCGGGCAAGACGUUCCGUCUCAACUAUGACUUCAAGAGCAAGAAGAUUCGAGUAAACCUCAACUUGGGUGGAAUCAAGGAGGCUAAGCAAGAGGAAGCCGAGACCAACAAGACGAUUGAGGAAGACCGAAAGCUUGUUCUCCAGUCGGCCAUUGUUCGAAUCAUGAAGGCACGAAAGAAGAUGAAGCACACCCAACUUGUCAGCGAGACCAUCAACCAGAUCCGAUCUCGCUUCGUGCCCAAGGUCAGCGACAUCAAGAAGUGCAUCGAGAUUCUCCUCGACAAGGAGUAUCUGGAGCGCCUGGACGACGACGAGCUUGGAUACCUGGCUUAA